AUGUCAGGCCAAAUUAAUCCAGACAUCCUAGGGAGCUUAGCAAUAACACGUACUGAAAGACAAAACCUCCUCCACUACAAAGCCAAAUUCAAGCAAGAUCGGAAAGAGGCCAAUUUGGAAGGGGGUGGCCAACUCGUCCGCAAUGCGCUCACUCUCUCUGCAUUGACGGGAAGACCAGUGACAAUCAGCAACAUACGAGGGAAGAGGAAAGGCCCUCGGGGUUUGAGGCGCUCUCAUACAGCUGCUAUACAGUUCCUCGCCGAAGUUUGUGGCGCGCAUAUUGUUGGUGCUACAGUGGGAUCCCCCGAGAUUACAUUCUAUCCCCGAGAUACUGAAAAUGCAUUAUUGAAUGGUGGAACGGAAGGUGACGAGUCACCGUCUGUACUGCAAGUGAGGGCACGGUUGCAUCCCAUCCCUUUAACAUCUCCAAUCCAAUCCGAAUACAACAUCCGCCUUACAACUCCUGGUUCUGUCUUCCUCAUCUUUCAGGCCUUAUAUCCCUACCUCAUGUAUGCCGGCGUUCGCCUACACACUAAAGGGGAGGGCGUGAGCGUCACACCGGCUAGCAGGGUGAUCAAGUUGAACAUCACCGGCGGCACAAAUAUAUCGUUUUCCCCGACGUAUGACUACGUAUCUCAGGUUCUCAUUCCUACCUUCGCAAAGUUGGGCCUACCAAGUCUCUCUGUUAAAUUAAAUCGCCGCGGGUGGAGUACCGGCACAGUCCAGAUUGGCUCAGUGUCAUUUGAAAUUGAGCCUCUUGCUAUCUCCAGUGUGAAGAGGGUUCCAGCAGGACAAACAGAAUCUUCCUGCUUUUUGCCUGUUAGGUAUCCCCGCAUCAGUUUGGAAAAUUUGGAUCCUGGAUACAUCACCCGGGUCGAUAUCACAGUCCUAGCGCCUGAUACCACUCUUCGCCAAACUGCAACAUUAAAGCAUUCCAAAAAGACCCAUCAUCGAUCUCACAAGAACAGAAAGCACCGACAGCACUUUACGAGCCAUCCUGAGAACAAACCUUUUAAAAGAACUACAUUUGGUGAAUCGGAAUUUGAUGUGGAAGAAUCUGAAGGACUAGAACCUUGGUCGUCAGGGGGUAGGGGGUUAUAUGACUCUCCCUCGCUUCAGUCAAUUCGUGCUUUUUUAGAGGAUGCUACAAUGAAAUCGGUAACCAGAUCUCUAAGGGUGUUCUCUGAUAAUAAUGCCGUAGCAACCAAGCAACCAUCAGCGGAUGAAACGCCGGUUGUGAGAAUACACACCACAGAGCCAACUUAUGACCCAUCGCACAUUUACAUCCUUCUUGUGGCCCAUACAUCUACAGGAUUUCGACUGGGUAGGGGUCAGUUAUACUCCGAAUAUCAACCCAAAGAGAGGAAUAAGGAAUCCUGCUUUCCAAACGCCGAGGAACACCUCGAGACUUUGCUCUACGGGAUGGCAAAUGAAUGUGUAGCGGGCUUGAUGGAAGAAUUUACCGCUGUGACUGACGAAGAGCCAAAUGACAUCCCAAAAAGGGGGACUAAAGGUUGUUUAGACACAUUUAUGAGAGACCAAGUUGUUGUAUUUCAAGCCUUGGGAGAACUGGACGAAGAAGGGAAGGGCUGCAAAUCUGGCAACCAGACCAAGGAACCGGGUCUCAGCCUGCAUUCCCUCACAGCAAUGUGGGUCUGCGAGCGAAUCCUCGGGCACGACUCAUUCGCAGCCCACCUCUUCAGAGUCCUCCCCAAAACAUGGCCUCAGUCCAGGGAGCUACCCGAGAUUCUUGUCUUAUCACUACAGGAAAUUGCACCGAUCGCCUACGCAUUUCUCGGGGGCUCGUUCCUAGAUCCGUACUUCCAUGCCUUUCGUUGUUCCGUGAGCAUUGCAGCUGGGGAACAGCGCUACGAGAAUGUCAUAACAAAAAAUGCGGGAACGACUGCUGUUAUGGUCUUUGUGCGCGAAGAUGUCACUGAGAAUAUUGCCUGGGUCAAGACCGCAGAAGUUGGAGUUGGAGUGAUGGAAAUUGGGAAUAAAGGAGCUGCAGCAGCACAAAUUAGCUACCGAAUUAGCGAAGGCACGGUUGACCUAACCUUCGUUGCUGUGCAUCUUGCCCCAAACGAGUGGGCCGUAGACAGGAGGAACGAAGAUUGGAAGAACAUCGCCCAAAAACUUGUAUUCUCCAAGGUGGACAGUGGGGAGAAUCCUCAGGUUCACGACGAAAGAAAUGAAGAGGAUGUUCCACUUCUCCAAACCCAAUCGUCUGAUGCGAAUGGUGAAAUUGGCCUUUAUUGUCCCAGCUCAUACCUUUUUGUCGCCGGGGAUUUGAAUUAUCGGACAUCAUUAACCCGUCCGGGGCCAAAAGACUAUGAAAGGUUCCCUCGACCCACGGAAGAUAUUGACAGCCCUCAUCACUUCUCGCAUUUACUUGCGAACGACCAAUUGACCAAGGAGCUCCAGGAGCAGGGGGUGUUGUACACUUUGUCUGAAGCACCCAUCACAUUUUUGCCCACGUAUAAGAUUGUCGUUCCAACCCAUCAGGAAGCUUCUUUAGGAUCAUUUGGAGCAUGGACAUGGGCGAAGAAGCGCUGGCCGAGUUGGUGCGAUCGAGUGCUCUAUCGGGGGAUUUCGUCAUCCACAACGUCGGGAGAUAGUGGCAUUGUGGCCCAGGGAUACGAUGCGUUACCGAUAUUGCAAACAUCAGACCACCGUGCUGUUGCCCUUUCAGCGUCGGUCCCUCUCAAGCCUACAUUGGCUCUCCCCGUCUUCAUACCUCCCUUUGAAAUUGACCCAAACUGGAAAAACAAAAGACUCGCUGCAAAGCGCAAGGAGGUGAUCGAUGAGGGUUCGGCGAUACUGUUUUAUUAUGAAACAUCGCCAGCAACUUUCGUGUGGAGGAGUCAUAUCUUUAAGACCCAGAACUUAAAACACCAUGUGGAUGUAUAUCCCGUCCUCCACAAUUCCAACUGGGCUAACACGGCCGCAUUUUCAAAAUGUCGAAAUGUCGAACGGGAGAGCUACGGCACACGAAUGAUAAUCUCGUGGUUUUCAUUGGCUUGGUUAUUGUAUCCACUGGUCCUGAAACCAGGCUGUCAAAUUCAUGAGGCGAAGACGGUUGAUCUCGAAAAUGUCAAUGCCACUCCAGAACCCGGAACACUACGGAUUAAGGCCAUAUGUGCUUGA